CUCUCUCCCUCCAGGCUUUUGCUUUCACUUCCUCAGUGUGGACAGCUUUGGGAGAGCAAAGCAGCCGUCACCAUGGCUGCUGCUGCCAUCGCCACAUCCACCAAAGGCAGCCUGAGAGAGGACUUGACAUGUGCCAUAUGCUGUGACCUGUUUCGGGAGCCAGUCAUGUUGGCCUGUAUGCACCACUUCUGCAAACCCUGCAUCUCUAGAUACUGGAGAGGAACUCAGGGGCCUGUGACCUGCCCGCAAUGCCGCAAAGAGUUCAGCUCCAAGCAGUUUCAGACCAACUACCUUGUGACAGCCAUGGUGGAGAAAGUCCGGGCCACCACCUCAGACACUUACAUCAAGAACCUAGAGAAACAACUGAAAGAGACUUUGGAGAGCCAUCGCCUGAGGAAGGAGGAUUUCAUCAACAGUAUUCGCGGAGACAGAGACAAGAUGGAUACCAUAAAGAGAGUCGGGGCAGAUCUGCAGGCUCGUGUCAAAGGGGAAUUCAGAGCCCUCCAUCAGAUCCUGCAUGAUGAGGAGAACUGCGUGCUGGAGCAGCUGAGAAGAGAGCAGGAGGAGGAGCUGGAGAAAGUCCAGCGUCACCUGGAGGCCGUAGAGCUGGCUGUGAGGGCGCUGGAGGACAAUAUGAGAGCACUACAGCAGGCCAGCGCUGCCACUGAGAACAUUGUGCUCACUGAGCUCCCCCAGCUUAGGCCUUAUGUGCAGGUGGAUAUUGCCCCGGAGUUUGAUGUUAACGCUUUCAGCAACAAAUACAUGGGCCCAUUACAGUACAUCACAUGGAGGAAAAUGUUCAAGUCUUUGAAGCCAGGUCCUUCACCAUUAACGUUUGAUGUCGACACAGCGCACCCGAGCAUUCACGUCUCCAGGGACAAGACCGCGGCAGUCGAAUGCAGCGUCAUGAUCCCACACACAGAUCACACCAAGCGUUACCUCCAGUGCGUCAACAUUCUGGCUGCUCAGGGCUUCCAGUCAGGCAGACACUACUGGGAGGUAGAGGUGGGCACCAAACCCAAGUGGGACCUGGGCGUGGCUUCUGAGGCCGUCGACAGGCACGCUCGGAUCAAGCUGAGCCCCGACAGCGGCUACUGGACGCUGCGGCUGCGCAAUGGGAGCGAGUACUCGGCCGGCACACAGCCGUGGACGAGGCUGCAGCUCAACUCUUCCCUUCAGAGGCUCGGGGUUUUCUUAGACUGCGAGGAGAGGAGGGUGUCCUUCUACAACGCCGACGAUAUGAGCCUGCUGUACACGUUCACCAAUGGGCCGAGGGGCAAGGCGUUCCCCUUUUUCAGCCCGUGCAUCAGUGACAGCAGUCAGAAACCUCCGCCUAUCAGACUCCUCCACUACCCGCCUGUUGCUCUGUCUGGCUAAAAUGGGUGCAAUCAAUAAAAGCUCUUCAGUAUGCAAGUGCUGUCCAUUCACUUAUUGACCAAUGACUGUUAUCACUCAGCUCUUAAGGACAGCACUGCCAUUAAACCAUUAUUGUCCUAUAUCCCAGCGUUUAAAAUUUCAGAUUGAUCUCUUAUUUUCCAUCAUCAUCGCACGCAUCUGUUUUCUAUCUGAAAUGAGCCUUAAAAUCCUUGAAAUGUUAUGAAAUUUUCCAUAUUCACUGUGUAAUAAAAUUUCAUUGUGCUGUAAUUGCUCCGAAGAGGCUCAUUGGAUUUGUAGGAGCAAUCAGCAGAAACAUAACAACACUAGAUUCAACCCAUUUUGGGCAAAUAUUAUGGAGCUUAGACGUGGCAAAUUACAUUUUAAGGCUGGAUUUUCACUGUAUAUAUUUCAAUCACAUAUCUUAAAUAGAUGGAGAUGGGCAACCUUUUAAAUAAUGUGAUUAAUUAAGCUUUUAUAGAAUCAGAAUAUCUUUAGGCUCAUUUGUAAAGGGGUUUUUUAAUCACCAGUGAGUGCAAUCAGUAUGAAGGAAAUGUGCACUUAACUGAGAUUUUACAUUUGAUUAAAUGGUUCUUCAUGUUUUAUACAUUAGUCUGAAAUGAUACUGUUCUGCCUCUUUAUUUCACGUUGUCUGAUGAAGCUGAACUCCUAGAUGUAACCUCACUGCUUCUCAUGACCUUACGACUUCUAGCAGCUGCUGUUAAAUUGUCAUUUUGUGUUACAUUUAUGUACAUCGUGCCUAAAUUGGAACAUGUGAUAUAAGGCACACUUUACUGUUUACUGUUCAAGGAAGUUACUCAAAUGCUGAUUCAGUCUAUGCAGUGUAUUUACAUUGUUUAUGUCAGUUACAUGUUGAACUGACAGAGCCAAACAAUCGCUGUAAAACCUGCUGAUGCAAACAAUAAAGCAAAUCACUUUUUCCUUCUUAA